AUGGACAUGGGUGUAGAAAAUUUAUUGAACCAACUAAACGAGCUAGAAUCCAAAAAUAGAUUAAUCCAUAUAGAAAUAGAAGAAUUAAAAAUUACUCAAAAUGAAUUGAAUAAAAAAGAAAAAGAAUUAAUUGUCGAUAUUGAAAAUAUUUGUACCAAUCUUAAAUUAAUGGAAAAAGAGAAUAUACAAUUGAAUAAUGAUAUAGAUCGUGUUAAUUUAAUAUGUAAAAAUGUUGAAACAACCUUGCACAAUGAAUUUGUUAAGGUUGAAAUUGCAGAGCAAAAGAAUAAUUUAUCUGAAUACAAUGAAGAUAAAGAUAAAGAAAGAAAUGUGAAUGAUGAUCUAAUAGAAUCUCUUGAUAUGAUAAAAAAUAUUAUGCUCAAUAUGGAAGAUUCUGAUGAGGAACUCAAUAAAUUAAAUGAAAUAAAAAAUAAAAACUAUCUUUUAAAUCAAAUAUCUAUAGAAGAUUUAUAUGAAAUUUAUGAGGAUACGAAAGAAAAAUAUCAAGCUAAUUCAUUUAAAAAUCAGUGUGCUAAAAUUGCUAUAGUUGAUUAUAAAACACAUACUUACUUUUGCAAUCCUAUGCACUUAUUACACAUGAUAAAUCUUUUGGUUGAAAAAAUAAGAAUUAAUAAAAAUGACCCUAAUUUUAAUUUUGUAACGAUGUCUAAUUUUUAUGGAGUGAAUGAAAAAGAGGAUAAAGAAAAAAAAAUGGAAAAUUUUGGAUUAUCUGAGCUAAAUAAAAUAAUGAUAAACCAUUACAAAUCCAAAAAAAUUAAUGUCGAUAAAUAA